CGGCAACGGAUAUGAAUUAAGUUGCGCGACGCUCUGAGUUACACGGCUGAAAUGGGUAAUAAGGCGUUAAGUGCGGAUUUUGAGUGGGUUUACACGGAGCAGCCGCACACGAAUAGGAGGAAGGAAAUUCUAGGUAUUUACAGGGGGAAACCAAAAUGCAAUACAAGUUGUGAAGAACUGUGCUGACAAACACCCAUCGUACAAAGGAAGUCGAGCUGUUCACAUACAAAAAUACUGAGAACACGAGUUGUAUAGAGUUCUUGAAAGUGAGCCUGUAAGUCAUUGAGUCAGUUCAGUGCCAAGCCAAGCACCCGGAGAUUAAGUCACUGAUGGGCCCAGAUCCCCACCUGAAGUGGAUAGUCACGGCGAUGGUGCUCUUUCAGGUCGCCUCCUGUUACCUGGUGAAGGACCUGCCCUGGAAGUGGCUGCUGUUCUGGGCGUACGUGGUGGGUGGCAGCGUCAACCACUCCCUGACCCUGGCCAUCCACGACAUCUCCCACAACGUGGCCUUCGGCAACAAGGAUGCCAAGUGGAACCGCUGGUUCGCCAUCUUUGCCAACCUGCCCAUCGGCAUGCCCUACUCCGCCUCCUUCAAGAAGUACCACAUAGACCACCACCGGUACCUGGGUGGAGACGGGCUUGACGUCGACGUGCCCACCGACUUCGAGGCCUGCUUCUUCCGCACCCCGGCCCGCAAGGUGCUCUGGCUGGUCGUACAGCCGCUGCUUUACAUCCUGAGGCCCCUCUACGUCAACCCCAAGCCCAUCACCCAGAUGGAGGUAAUCAACGCCGUCAUCCAGCUGAGCUACGACAUGGCCAUCUACCACGUCUGGGGCCUGAAGCCCGUGUUCUACAUGCUGUCCAGCUCUAUGCUGGGGAUGGGCCUGCACCCCAUCUCCGGGCACUUCAUCGCCGAGCACUACAUGUUCCUGAAGGGAUACGAGACCUACUCCUACUAUGGACCCCUCAACUGGAUAACCUUCAACGUGGGUUACCACAUGGAGCACCACGACUUUCCCAGUAUUCCCGGCAGCAAACUGCCCCAGGUGAAGAAGAUGGCCCCAGAGUUUUACGAGAACCUGCCCCAGCACAACUCUUGGCUGAGAGUCUUGUGGGACUUCAUAUUCUGCGACAACCUGGGGCCUUUCUCCCGGGUCAAGCGGAACUGCAAGCUGGUGAAGGAUGAGUGAAGCCCGCUGGCUGCUGGUGAACGCACAGCCUUUCCCUGUAAAUCCUCAAUAAAACCGCCUUGGUAACCUGUGACUGAUCACCACCUUCUGUA